UCGGUAUUGAAACCCACGUGUCGCAAUCGAACUGGAAAAAAAAUAAAUCGUCGAAAAUCCACCGUUCCUGCCUGAAAAAACCGCCGACACCGGCGGCAAUUUUUAUUUCGAGAUCUCCCCGUGAAAAAUCGAUUUUCUCGGCCUACACACAGUACGCCUCCGGUUCGGCUCCAGCGCCCCGACGCCGACUCUAUCGUCGAGCUACAUGAGCGUCGACCAAACAUUCCUGCUCCGGCGUCUCCGAGGGACGCGUUUUACUUUUGCCCAAGAAUUUGUCCUGGAAAAUUCGCGAUACAUGAUAGCCUACGUCAAUAUGCUGUGAGAGUGCUUCAGGUUUCGGACGUCUGGCCAUGCUGUGGCCCAGCACUUCACUGAAAAUUUCAGUAAUAAUUCUGUUUUUUGCCGGAAAUAUACCAGGGUUGCUUUCUGAGGGUAGUGUUGGAUGUCUUUACAGCGAACGUAUUUGUUUGGAAGAAGAAUGGUGCUACAAUGAUUUGGUUUUUGGACGUUGUUUGAGAUCCUACGGGGAUGUCGACGAAGACGACUUGUACAGGUUUUUCCUGGGAAGGGAAAGCCUGCACGAGCUUAAUAGCGAACUUCGGAAAUUAUUCGCCCUAGGAUACAGAUGGAACCAUGGAUACACCCAAUGCCGUCUGCAAGCAAUUUUAUAUGCUAUAAAACACGAAAUGACCUUCGAACCGAACUCCUGUUCCCAUCUAACAGACAGUGAUUUAGAAGGCGCUCUGACCGCCUUGGAAGGCCAAGUCGAUUUGGAUCCGAAGGAAAUAGCCGUUAUCAAAUACACGCCCAGCAUUGAGGACGCUCACGCGCCAUUUGCCGACGAGGUUUUCUAUCCUCCCAACAACAAUAAAGCUCGCGAUGAUCUCAGACAGAAAAUCCUAUCACCGAACGCCGUAGAUCUGGACUUGCCCGACCCCUACGCCGAUGUCGAUUUCAACAAACGCGCCUGGAUACCGCAAAUGAAGCGCAGAUCGUCGGAGCAACUGGAUUUCCUGCCCUACGGCAGCGACGACGACUUCAUAUCUGAUAUAACGGCGGAAGGGAUCGAAGAAGUGUACGCGACGAUCGAGUUUCUGAAAGACAUCGGUCUGUCUCGCGAGGAAAUCUCCGAGUUGCUCCGCCCGGAGAACUACGACAAACUGGAUAAGCUCAUCGGUACGUUCGGCAGGCCCGAGGGCAAGCCCAAAGACGUGCAGGACAUGCUGCGCGAGGAGCUCGAGGCCGAAAAGGAGCUGGAAAACGCCGCCGAAAUCACCAGGUUCAAUGAAAAGUUCAACACUCCGGACGACUUCAGGGCCGGAUGGGAGUCGAAGGAUGGAUUUCCAGAGUCGAGAAUUUACAUCGAUGAGGUCAAUGACGAGGAAGAAAACUCCGAAUACGGCAGCGGCAAUUCCGUUCCGCAACCGAUUUUUAGGGAAAGGCAACAAUCGCAGGGCGACGAUAAACAGGUUUUCGGUAAAUUGAAGGAACAUACUGAUCAAUCUGCUCCGGGUGUUUAUUCCGAAGGAGGAGUUGUUUGGUCCGAUCCCAUCAACAUAAAAAACGAUCUAUCCGGUCAAGGAGAGCCUUUGUUGCGAAGCAACUGGGAUAAUUUGCUGGAAAAAUACAACCAAGCAUUCAAGAGACCCGAGAGACUGGACGUCAAGAAACCCGGACCGCUCUUUUCAACUGGAAAUUACAAAAUCGAAGCUACGAAACCGACCAAACCGGCCAUGAUGAAGAAGGAGCCACGCGGCGUCCAUCCUAAUCCGGAUUUCGAGCAGGCGAGAAAAGAAAAUCAAGACUCGCACGACUACGUUUACAUCAGCUUUAAGAGCGAUUUGAUCAACUGGAGGCACGGCCGUCACAUCAUGGGCAACCUCUCUGAAAUUUUGAAAUUAGAUCCGAAAACACUGGAUGAUAGCAGGGUAUUUGGUGAUUACAUAGUCUUUAGAGUGCUGCCAAAUAGUCGCGGGUUAAACGCCACUGAAGUGGCCAAAGAAAUCGUAUCAAGCAAAACCAACAUAGAAAAGGUCGCUGAAUUAGAAGUCAAAAGCGUAUCCAUAGGGAACAGAGAAAACAAAGAGAUCGAAAUAAUGGCCGCGACCUACUACUCCGAUCAAUUUUACGUCAUCAUUUUCAUGAUAUGCGGGGUCUUGGGAGCGAUGAUAAUCGCCUCGGCUCUGCUGAUAUUCAUUCGAAAGCACGUGAAGUUGCGGGAGAAGCUACAAGGUCUCGUCAAAUUUGAUACAGAAGCCAUCAAGGUACACCCAGAAACCAGCAAAUCCAAAGUCAUCAAUAAAGGGCAACUCUCUGGCGACACGAUGCACAGCAGAUUAUCCAAAGAAUCCGAGCAAAGUCCUUCGAGCAGAUCCAGCACAUCAUCUUGGACAGAAGAACCGGCUUUACACAACAUGGAUAUAUCUACAGGUCAUAUGGUGUUAAGUUACAUGGAGGACCACUUGAAGAACAAGGACCGCUUGGAGCAAGAAUGGGUGGCUCUUUGCGCGUACGUGGCCGAACCUUGCGAGAUCUCGAUAGCCGCUAAGAAAUCGAACAAACCGAACAACCGCUACCCGGAGGUGGUGCCCUACGAUCACGCCAGAGUGGUCCUGAACGAUCUCAUCAACGUCAACGGCUCCGAUUACAUCAACGCUUCGAGCAUCACCGACCACGAUCCGAGGAACCCGGCGUACAUCGCGACGCAGGGACCCUUGCCGCACACCACUCCGGACUUUUGGCAGCUAAUUUGGGAACAGGGCGCCGUCGUGAUCGUAAUGUUAACGAGAUUGACCGAGGGCGGUGCGGCGAUGUGCCACCGCUACUGGCCGGAGGAAGGUUCCGAACUCUACCACAUCUACGAGGUCCACUUGGUUAGCGAGCACAUUUGGUGCGACGAUUACUUGGUCAGGUCGUUUUACUUGAAGAACAUCCGCACGGGCGAGACGAGGACUGUCACCCAGUUCCACUUCUUGUCCUGGCCCGAAUCCGGCAUACCGGCAUCCACCAAAGCUCUACUCGAAUUCAGGAGAAAAGUGAACAAGUCGUACCGCGGGCGCUCGUGCCCGAUCGUCGUCCACUGCAACGACGGCUCGGGCCGCACGGGCACCUACUGUCUCAUCGACAUGGUGCUGAGCCGCAUGGCCAAAGGGGCGAAGGAGAUCGAUAUCGCGGCGACGCUGGAACACCUGCGGGACCAGCGGCCGCGCAUGGUGGCUACCAAACAGCAAUUCGAAUUCGUGCUGACGGCCGUCGCCGAAGAGGUGCACGCCAUACUGAAGGCGCUGCCGCCGCAGCCCGGCCCUGCGCAGGCGCCCGACAAAGAGAAGUAACCGGUUUUGUUUUCUCGGACGGUGUUCGUUGUCCAGGCUCCGGAGGAACGAACGCUGAUUUGCUACUCUUCGAUCCAACCUGCGAAUUGAAGAUUGCAAUUUCUUACUUUCAAACAUCUAAUAGAUAUUCUACAAACAGGAUUUUUGUACUGAUGCUUCUGAAUUGCAAGUUUUCGCCUACGGUUUUACGUUGACACUACAAAUUAACAGCGAAAAUCAAUUUUACCAGCAUUAUUGAUUGUCGCUGGCGAAUGUUACCUUUGUUCAAAGUCUACAUAUCUAUUUGCUUGGUUCUGAUAUUUUUGAAACAGAAAAUAUUUUGAUGAUGAAAUAUUUUGCCCUAUUUCUAAUGAAACGGGAAUCGUUUGGUAAAUUCAAGGGAUGCAAGUACCAAACGACAUUCCACC